CAUAGUUAGUAUGAUUUUUAGCGUCAUGGCAGGCAAACGUUUAAUCUCUUUCGCUUUGGUCGGCAUUUUGAUCGCCGUUGUCUCGGCUGGUCCCACUUCGCGGAUUUUGGGUGGCACUGAUGCCGAAACUAAUCAAUAUCCGUAUGUGGUCUCGGUGCGUGUCAAUAAUGCCCAUGUCUGUACCGGUACUUUGAUUUCGAAUAGAGCAGCUGUGAUUGCUGCAAGCUGUGUUACCAAGGCUGGAUCCACUCCCAUUGAGGCCGACACCGUCUCGCUCCGUGUGGGCAGCAUUAACCAGUAUGCCGGUGGUAAAAUUGUCUCCGUCAGCUCCAUUGUCAUUCAUCCCUCCAGUGGCAACUUCUUGCACAACAUUGCCUGUGUCUUCCUGGCCGAACCUUUGGAAUUCAACGAAAAAGUCAACAGCAUUGCCUUGGCCGAUGUCGAUGAUGUGGUCGAUGAGGGUGCCCCUGUUAAAGUAACCGGUUGGGGUCUCCAACACGAUGGCGCCUCUCCCUAUAAACUCCAACAAGUCACCAUGUCCGUCUUGAGUGCUGCCGAAUGUGAACUCCAAGCCGGCUAUGGCUAUGAUUCGGUGAUUUGCUUGCAACACGAUGCCGGUAAUGGUGUCUGUCGCGGUGAUGAAGGUGCCGGUGUUGUCAGUGGCAAUCGUUUGGUGGCCGUCGUCAGUUUUGCCUUCGGCAGCUGUGGUACCAAAUAUCCCGAUGUAUCCACUAAGAUUUCUUACUACCGCGAAUGGCUCGAUAGCCUUUUGGCCUAAUCUGUGUGUGUUGGUGAAUUUUAUUAGCCCUCCAUAAUAAAAACAAAUCGAACAAAUGUCAUAUAAACUUUGGCGAUAACUGA